AUGGAAUAAAAUCUAAUUCAAAAAAUAGUAUUUAACCAUAAAGAAAAUGAGUAUUAAAUAAAUAAAUAAUCAUUAGCAAUAAAUGGAAAUUUAAACUUUUUACAUCAACAGCAGGAGAAAAUAGUUAGACAUACCAACAGGAAGCUGAGAAUUGCUUUUAAUUUAAAAGAAGAUUGUAAAGCUCAUAUUAAAAUGAAUAAAUUUUUAAGAGAUUAUACAAAUAAAUCAUAGAAUACUUGGAGAUCAAUUAAAAACAUGUACAAAACCUAAAGUCACUAUAAGUCCAUUGAUUGGACUUUUUGUUGGAUGGAUACAAAAAUCAGAACAAAAAAUACAUCUUUGUAUCUUUAAUUUUUUAUAAUGAUUUAGCGAGUUUAGGCAGAUAAGGUAACUAAAUUCUAUUUUAUUAUAAGUGCUAAUAAAUAAUAUGAAUGAAGAAUUACAUUGGGAUUUAUAUAUAAUUUAGAAAAUUAUAGACGAUUAUUAACCUAAUAAAGAUAAAUCUUGGGGUGGCUCAAAAUACAAUUAUAAUACUUUAGUUAUAAAAUAUCAUUAAACGAUUCAAAAUUAUUGAAAUAGCUUAAAUGGUAUUGGAAAUAUUAUUUUAAUAUAGCCACACUCAACACAUUUUUAGUAGCAACAAAAUUAUAUUAAAAUGGUUAAAUAGUAUAUAGUAUAUUGUAAGAAUAUCUAGCAUAUUAGAUCUUAAUCAUAAUUUGAACUUUCUUUAGUAGCUUUAUCAAACAAUAAUUUUUGUUUUAUUUUAUUAAUUAACAGAGCAAAUAUAUUAUUAAGUUUAUAACCAACAUAUUGAGAAGUUGUUAUUCAUUAGUUAUUCAAAAUAUCAGGCAUAAAUGACUUCAAUUGGGAAUUUAAUAAUUACUUUAGAAGUGGUGAAAUUAAAGGAUUAACUUGAGAAGAAAGCUUAGUGUUAGUUGUAGUAAAUUAUAAUAAUUUAAGAAUUUAAUUGGUUCAAUUAAAUAAUGUUUUUUUGGAAUUCAUUCAAAAAAGAGAAGUUCAAAAAUAAUGAGGAUCUAAAUAUUUAUAAACUUACAAUAUAAAAGAAAAACCAUCAAACAAUACUUGUUUAAUGGACUAGUGGAAACCCAUUAACUUUAUUAUUUUAAAAUUCACAUAAAGUCUAUAUUAGUAUAAAUUAGAUUUAAAGCUAACGUUAUCUGAUUGUGUAACCAAUUGGGAUCAUUGUGAUAACAAUUCUUUAUUGAAAUUUAAUACUUUGAAUAAUAAUAAAUGCUAAAUCUAAUGUUAGAUAAUUGCUUUUAGUAUUCUACUUAAAAUAGUUUUGACAUUUGCAAAUUUGGUUUAUUUUAAACAAUAAAAUGCUCUAAGUAAUAAUAUAAAUUAAGAAUUGAAAGUUUGUCUAUUGGAGUCCACUCAUAAAUAUAAUUAGUAAGAUAAAUAAUUUAAUGGUGGAAGUUUACUAUUUAGAAUAUUUGAAUAAAUAAUAAUUCUUAUAGCUAGAGUAAUUAUCAAGUGA